AUGUUGUUUAAGCCGUCCGGACCAUUCUCAAGAUCCGGAUCGGUUGCAAAAAACCUGUGGCCUGGUGGCUCUGGCCAAAAGAAGCAAGUGCCACCUUUUUUCAUCUCGACGCCUCAGUUCAAGCGCCAGCAGUCUCAGGUUGUCAAAUACAAAGGAGAAGCCCAUCACAAAAACGGCUCUACCCUGAACGUGCAUCCAGCCGUCGUGGCCUCGUCUAGUUUGAACUUCUCCACCAGCUCGGUUCUGCAGACCCAUGACGACGAUCACCCCGACGAUGAGCCAGUUCGCAGCCGGCCACGGUUGUCCUCUUUAGAAUCACGAGUGAGUUCCAAACAAGUGCCUGUGCAGAAUGCUGAAGCCGAUCCCGUCGGUCACGAAGAACUCGGGAUCGCUGAUGACUCGCUGCCCGAGCCUUCCCCGGCCCCGAUUGAGGUAUCGGGCACUCUCGGCGCCGAUGAGACUGCCGCCCAGAUGGAGAAGCUCCAGUCGGCAGGAAUGCAUACCCAGGCUCUCAACGUCUUUAGUGAUUUUGAAAAAACUCAAGUGGAUAUCCCAAUUGGCAUCUACAACCAGGUGUUGAUGUCGGUAGCCAUAAUCGGACAGGAACAGGGAACCAUCUCCCUACUGCUCGAAGCAUACGAAGCCCUAUUGGCAAGAGAUAUCGUGCCAAAUAAAGAUACUUACACCAUUGUCAUUCGCGCUCUUGUUGAUAUGGCUGAGCGUCUUGCUGAAGAAAAAGCUCGUUUAAUGCCGGCGUUGGGCCCCUCAGGUCACAUGGAGGCCGUCGAUGAUGCGCUUGAACAAUUUGCGGUUGUCGAUCACCUAGAGCUCGCGUUACAGAUUUUUAAUGCUUCUAUUUCUGUGGACGGUGCCAAGUACAACCAGGAGCAGUUAGACCGCCUCGUGGUUGCUUGCAACCAGAAUGGCAUCGAACUUGACACUGACGUCCUUGUGCGGGCAUCGGCUAGUAUCUCCGCUACAACGGUUUCAAGGAUGCAGACCACCGUCGAUGGUGCACAAGAAACCUAUGAACGUUUCAGAGAGGCGGGCGCUGACUUGGCCGACCUCGAUGCUGCUUUAAUUGAUGUCUAUUUCACACUGGGUCGCGCUGAUCUAGCUGUUCGUACUCUAAAGCAGAGUGAAAGUCCAGAACUAACAUGCCGUGUUGUUUUGGGCUUUGCAAAGGCAGGACUCGUAUCCACCGCAUGGCGUUGGAUUAGAGAGGGUGACGCUGGCAUUCAAAGCAGUCUCAUGUUUAGUCAAAAGGCUGAGAUUCUCGAAGCCAUGUGCACAGAACCUGAGCAUCUCCCUACUGCCUCUCUUCUCUAUGAAAAUCUCGCGGCCCAGAAAGAUGCUAGAUUGCCAGAGUUUGGUCCAGCUCGGGCCGCCCUACUCCGCUUGGCUGCUGGUACCGCCGGCGAAGCAGGCCUCGCUGUUUUGCACAAAUCUAUCAGAGAAUCACAUCUACGUGAUGCUGAGUGGGACCCCGUCACUCUUCAGGCAGUUGUCGGCCGCCUUGUUAGCGAGGGUUACAUCAUGAUGGCACUGGACAUUUUCGCUUGGCAGGCAGGCAAACUCGAGGCUGCUUGGGAAACUUUUAAUAUCAAGUCUUUUAUUGGACAGGAGCUACUUGAUGGGGUUGUUGGUGCUCUUCCUGAGUUGACUCCAGAGUUGGCCCUGAUUCUCGUCAAGGUCCCCUUCUUGCCAUCAUCGUUCGGUGUGCUCGAACGUGUCACAGACGUUUUGUGGUCAGCUCGUCGGGAGAAUCCUCGUCUAUUUGUGGACGCCAACAUGGCUACAUCGGUGCUUGACCUACACAACCGUUGGGUCCUCAACGCUGAAAGCCCGAAAGGCCUGGCAUUGCCCAAUGACCUCGUUGAGAGACUCCGCGACAUUUACCCAUUAAUAGAAUCGGACGCGGGCGUUUCAAAUGAUCGGGUCCGCGAACUCUUGGGAUUGCCAUUGACUGCCCGAGAAACCACUAAGGGAACUAUUCCCUCACCCUCACCCACUGCGGCUGCCACUGCCCAAGCUGAUGCCCGUGCAGCUAUCCACUACGCGCCCAUAAAUGCAUACAAGGCAGUUGAUCUGCUUUCAAGUGCUUUUGUAGUAGCUGCGAGCGAAGCGACCGGCGCAGUUGUCCCAGUUUUUGAAACUCUCGCCCGCAAUAAUGAAGCGGACCACCUGGAAACGGUUUAUGACCUUGCGGAACGAUAUCUUCGUGAUGAUGAUCUCGCAGCAGUCCGGCAAGCCGCAGUUCAGGCUGCCGAUGUUGAUCCGACUCUUGCUGAGCGGGCGCAUGUUGCAUUGAUGGCAGCAGGAAGCGCCCCGACGGCUACAGGGUAUGCCAAGCUUGUUCAAGUAGCACCACCAGGUGCCACACCCGCUAUUUUGCUAAUGAACGAGGCGCGAACACAUGGCGUUGAGCCCAACACAUUCUUGUAUAAUGUUGUGUUGGCCCGGUUAGCCAAGGCCAAACGAUUUGCAGAAUGCAAUGAGCUGUUUGAGGAAAUGGCUGCUUGUGGUAUCGAGCGGUCUGAUGUCACCUACGGCACGAUGGUGUCGGCGGCUUGCAGGGCCGAUCAGGGCGAGCGGGCUGCUGCAUUGUUUUCCGAACUGGAAAGCUUGCAGGGCUAUGCCCCGCGAGUUGCACCUUACAAUAUGAUGAUGCAGUACUACGUUCACACACGUUAUGAUAGAGCGGCUGCUUUGAAGGUAUUCGACAAGCUCAAAACUUCCGGAGCGUUGCCGUCGCCAUUCUCGUAUCAGUUGGCCAUGGAGGCAUGGCUUCUUCCGCCCGCCGAUCUCGACCGUGCGGACCAUCAGCUGCUAGCGCUGAAACGACGCAACACACCGAUAACAACCAAACAUUUUGCCACCUUGCUGCACGCCAGGGGUGUUUUGCUCAAAGACCUGCCCGCUGCUGUGAACUUUUACCGUGGAUUGGUAAAGAACAGUCGGGUUCUGCCAGACAGGCAUGUGUUUAGAGCACUGUUAGAAUCUUACAUUGCCAACAGCAGAACAGGCGAGACACCCAAGGUAUUGGAUGAGAUGGCCAAGUACCAUGUCAAAGUGGAUAAAGACAUGAUGAAGACAUUAAUCAACGGGUGGAAAGACGUAGACCCCGCAAGGGCUGCAGCACUUGCCCGUAUUUAA